ACCAAAGAACCAAACAUGGAGAGCACGCCGUCGGCCAACGCCAGCUCGAGCGUAGGCCCUGGUGGCGGUCAUGGAGGUGCGAGCGUCCUAAUGCUUGCGAUGCCGGGGGCGCAGGGCCACGUCAAUCCGAUGCUCCAGUUCGGCCGCCGGCUCGCGUACCACGGCCUCCGCCCCACCCUCGUCACCAGCCACUACGUGCUCUCCACCACGCCGCCUCCGGGGGAUCCCUUCCGCGUGGUCGCCAUCUCCGACGGCUUCGACGCCGGCGGCAGUGCUUCGUCCCCGGACAUGGCGGAGUACCUUUCCCAGCUGGAGGCCGUGGGGUCUGAGUCGCUGAGCGAGCUACUCGUGUCGGAGGCGCGUGAGGGGCGGCCCGUACGCGUGCUGGUUUACGACCCUCACCUGGCGUGGGCGGCGCGGGUGGCGCGCGCGGCCGGCGUGCCCACCGCGGCGUUCUUCUCCCAACCGUGUGCAGUGAACAUCAUUUACGGAGAGCUGUGGGCAGGGCGGCUGGCGCUGCCGGUGACGGACGGCCGCGAGUUGAACUCGAGAGGAGCGUUGGGCGUGGAGCUGGGGCCGGAGGACGUGCCGCCGUUCGCCGCAGUGCCGCAGUCGGAGCCGAUGUUCCUUAAGGUCUCGGUCGGGCAGUUCGAAGGGCUGGAGGAUGCCGAUGACGUGCUCGUCAACUCAUUCAGCGACAUCGAGCCAACGGAAGCAAAAUACAUGGAGUCAACAUGGAGAGCAAAGAUGAUAGGCCCGACAUUGCCAUCGUUCUACCUCAACGACCAGCGCUUGCCAUCCAACAAAUCUUAUGGUUUCAACCUCUUCGGCGGUGAUGAGUCGUGUAUUGAUUGGAUGGAGAAGCAGAGCGUUAACUCGGUUGUGCUUGUAUCCUAUGGAACGUUCUCCCAGUAUGAUGUUGCCCAGUUAGAGGAGCUUGGGAAUGGUCUAUGCGAUUCCGGGAAGCCUUUCAUAUGGGUUGUGAGAUCCAAGGAGUCACAUAAGUUGUCUGAAGAACUGAAGGCAAAGUGCGAGAAGGUAGGAAUAAUUGUUUCUUGGUGUCCACAACUUGCGGUUCUCGCACACAAAGCCAUCGGUUGUUUUGUUACGCAUUGUGGAUGGAACUCGACACUAGAAGCAAUUGUAUGUGGUGUGCCUCUCGUUGGAAUUCCGCAUUGGGCAGACCAACCCACUAUUGCAAAAUACAUGGAAAGUGCGUGGAGCAUUGGUGUGCGCACACAUCGUGGUGACAAUGGUUGGCUAAAGAGGGAUGAGAUCGAUAGAUGCAUCAAGAAAGUAAUGGAUGGUGAAAGGAAAGAUGAAUAUAGAAGAAAUGCUAUGAAGUUGAUGGAAAUGGCCAAGCGGGCAACACAGGAAGGAGGAGGCUCAGACGGGAAUAUCAUUGAAUUUUCUACCAAGUAUUCGUCAAUUUGAAUGUACAC